CAUCCCACAUGGAUCAUAACGUAGCAGUAAAGGAGCAAAGCAGGUUUGAAGACAUAGCCAGGUGUCUAAUGAUGCUGUCUCAUGUCCAAGGCAAUAACAUUAUGAGAUCAAAGCGGGAAGACAGCUUCGCAGGCUGUCCUGUGGAAUACGAGUGCAAGACAUGCAAACGCAAGUUCUCGUCGUUUCAGGCUCUUGGUGGCCACAGGGCUAGCCACAAGAGACCAAGGCUGGAGGGGGAUCAUGAACUGAGAGCGCAGGCUAAGUCUCUGAGGUUAGCAACUUCAGGACCAAAAACGCACGAGUGCUCCAUUUGCGGUCUGGAGUUCUCGCUGGGCCAAGCACUGGGUGGCCACAUGAGAAGACACAGAGCCACCCACAACGACGACGUCGUCGACCAUCGCUUUUCUUCCAAAGUGCCGGUUUUGAAGAGAUCCAAUAGCAAGAGGGUUGAAUUCUUGGACCUUAACUUGACCCCACUCGAGAAUGACUUGAAGCUCUUGUUUGGCAGCAAGGCACCUAAGAUUGAUGCCCUCGUCUAAUUCCAUUUGUUGUGUACCUAUGCUUUUUUUUUUUCAAAAAAAAUUGUGUAUUCCUUUAAUUCUUUCGUGUAUCAUUUGAAAUAAGCUACUAUUUUUUUUCUUUUAAUGUAACUCUUUGGAUCGUAGAUUAAGCCUCUCAAUUCAAUUUCUUA